CAAAUACGAAACCGAAGAGAGUCGAAGAGGGUGGGAGGGAGUGCGCCCGAGAAGAUUGUAGCGCCCGAAUAAAAGACGGGGGUCGUGCGCCUGCGCCAUAGAUCGCCGGUGGAGUCCUGCCCGAAGGACGAGGACCAAGAAGACACGUACCAAGCGGCAAAAUUGCACCGAGACCCGCCAGGGCGAGGCUCGAGAAGACGCCCGCAGCCCCAACCGCGCUCGCCAUGUCCAAGCUCUACGUUGGCAACCUGCCCUCGGACUGCAACGAGGCCGCCCUCAGGCAGCUCUUCCAAGAGCACAGCCUCGUAUGCACGACGAUCUUGGUGAAGCGGGGCGGAUACGCCUUCAUCGACUGCUGCGACCAGUCGACCGCCGACCGGGCCAUCGACAAGCUCAACGGUGAGUCCCAGAAGCCGCACCGCUGA